UUAUGUGUGACUGGAACGCAAACGUCAAACAAUAUUUCGGAUCCCGGAAGAGAAUCAAAGCAAAAGAUUAUAAUAUGAAUUUAUUAUUUAUUAAAAUUACAAACUAAAUUAGGCAAAAGUGAAAUAAUCUUCAAGCUUUAAAGUGACAUUUGUCUUAAGUAUUUUGAAUACACAACAGGAAAUUAAUGAACAAAAACACUUUGUGAAGAAUGUAAACAGGGAAAAAUUUGACGAUUUAUGUAUUGUAUUAAUCAGUGCAAAUUAUUAUAGUUAAAAAUGGUUGAACCGGCGAAACCUUUUGCCUGUACGUUGCCAGAUUGCGGCAUGACGUUCACAAAUGAGGAUCACUUACACGUUCAUACAAAAAAGCACGAUAUGGUAUUAUCUUUGGGAAUGGAACAAAAAGCAGCGUUCGUUGCUGAUCAGACGCCCACUCCAACACGUUUCAUCAGGAACUGCGAAGAGGUGGGCCUCUUCCAGGAUCUGCAGAAUGUCAACCCGUUUGAUGAGGGCUUCAAGAGGGCUAUGGAGGCGAAACACGGUAUUCUCUCCCUGGAGAGUGCGCUUGCGUCCUCCUCAGACGAGCUCCACACUCCUCAGAUGGUGUUCCCCACCAUAGACGGAGACUCCGCCCUCUAUAGCACCACAAACAAUCAGAGAAAUAUUACUAUUAGUCGCUCAUCAAGCGACGAAUCGGGUGCAGUGAAAGAAUUUGAAAGAACAACAAUUUCCAAACUAACAAACGAAGUGACGACUAUUAGCAGGAUUGUGGGCAAAGCAGAAGAGAAAAUAGACGAAAGAAAUAAAGAUAAUAACAUUAGGAAAGACUCAGUUUCUUACACGACAAAUAACGUCAUCAAAAUCAGCAAUAUGGUUCGAAAAGAUAGCAUAGAAAAGAAUCCGGUACAAACUUUAAUAUAUGAAGACACAGUGAUACACGAUAGCAAUAUUUUGUCAAAGGAUUUCGCGGAAAAAGUCCCAGAUGUUCCUCCGAUCAUGAGUCAAAAAUCCUUAGAUUUCAUAGUGGAUAGCUUAAACAACGAUUUUGAGGAUACAGCUAAGAAAAAGACAAAAAAUGAAAGCGAAGAUUAUGAAGUUAUUAUAAAACUACCAGGAGGUAAGCAAGUCAAAAUGAGGGCAGUCGAAGAGAUUGAGAAAGAGAGAGAGAAAGUGUCUACGAAGGAGAUUUUGAAGAAAGCUAUCACUGAGAAAGUAGAAUCGAAAAAAACGCCGCCUAAAACUAAUGCGGUCAGUUUAAUACCAGUCAGUAACGUCCCUAUAGUGCCCGGUACUUUCAUCCCUAUCACAUUUGUUCCUCAAAUUCAACAGAAAGUGCCAAUAACACCUAUCAAUGUUGAUAUCAAGAAGCCAGUGAAAAGAAAGGUGCGGUUUGAUAAAAGUGAGACUGGGAAAGAAGGGACCGUUCCUACGGAGAAGAGUGUUAGUAAUAAGAAGAAUAGUUGUCCUAAGGACCUUGAUAGUCGGUCGGCUGCUUCCAGAAGAUAUAGGGCGCGUUUAAAAGAAACAUGGAUGCAACAAGCGCAAGAGAACGAAAGACUUAGAGAAAUGAAUGAAAAACUCACAGCGGAGAGGGAUGUAUUGAAAACUGUGAUCUUAGAACAUUUGAAGAAAUGCCACGAUUCUAAUGACUUGAAAAACGUAUUGGAGAACUUGAAAAGUACAGGAACAACGUUACAAUAAUUCUGCCUACCCUACAUUCACUGGUUUAAUAGUCGUCAUGAGCUAAUGUUCACAUGUAAACAGCAGCUCAUGUAGUGUAGAUGUCCAGUCAACAAGGAUGUAGCGAGGUUGACUGUCCAGGCGACACACGUACUUAGGUAUCGUCAUGAGCUAAUGUUCACAUGUAAACAGCAGCUCAUGUAGUGUAGAUGUCCAGUCAACAAGGAUGUAGCGAGGUUCACUACAGGUGAAGCUCUACCUACCCUUUUAUUAAAAAAACUUGAUAUUGUUUUAAAAUGACUACCUAAAAUAGCAACUGCCCAUGACAUACACAAUUCAAAUUUUGACCGCCAUGUCGAAUGGUAUCAAAUUCCCAAUUCAACUGUGUUCGAAAUGAUUUUUACAUUUGUGAGCUGUCUAUUUCUUUCUUUUUAUCUAUCUCUCUCUUUCUAAAAACUUCAUCUACUUUCAAAAGUCAAAAUUAUUUAUUUCAAAUAGACUGGGAAAGCUCUUUUGAACGUCAAAGCAAAUUUUAUAAUAUAAAAAAAUACAGUCUGUCGGUCAGUCUAGUGAAGUUAUUGAUUGCACGGUAUGGUGCGUUGGCUGUUGGUAACCUGCCUUAUAAUGUGUAGUGGGUUUGAUUCACACUGAGUAACUAUUUGUUAUCCAGAAAUUGUUGAUUCAUGUCAGUCAAGUCUAUUUGAACUUGUAUGUUUUCAAACGCACCCACGACACAGGAGAAAAUCCUAGGCAAGGGUUUAUCAAAUAAACAAAAUUAGUAAUUGAUUUGACCGAGGAAAAUAUUAGAACCGAUUUGACGUAUAUUUUUUAUGAAACAUGUCAAUUAAGUUAACAGUUACUUAUCAGCCAUUUCGAUACUUGCCAUAAGGUACAGUUUCUUUGUAAAAUGCAGUAUUUUAAUUAUUAUGUUAUCGGUUUACUCACGUAACUGUUUGACGGGGAACUCGACUAGAUUUAUCAUUUAUCUUGGCUUGAAACUAGUCGAGUUCCUUGUCAAACAAAUACGUGAGUAAACCGAUAACAUAAUAAUUAAUUUAGUAUGUCUCACGAAAAUUAUGAUAAAAUUAAAUGCAGUAUUUUCCCAAUGAAUUGACUCAAAUAAUUUAUUAAAAUGAAAUAUUGUUGUUGAGAUUUUUAUUACAUUGUUGUGACAUGAUACUAUUGUGAAAUAUUUAAAUUAAUUUAUUUUUGUAAGUAAGCAAUAAAUCAAGUUUAAUUUUUUAAA